CUGCAAACAGGAAACACUUCAAGGCGGCACGCGUGUUAUCAUGGCGGGCGGCAAUGCAAAGAAGAUGGUAGGUGCAGCAAGGGAUUCCAGCAGUAGCAGUGACGACGAAGAGGAGCUGAAAAGAUGUGAAGAAGCUGUUUGGGAUUCACGAAAAAGUGGGACCAGUGGAAAUGGCAAUACAAAACAGUCAAAACGUGUUAUAGUUGUUGACCAUGAACAUGAUGGCAACGAGCUGCAGGUCACUCAGGGGUUUCAAACUCAUGUUGCCAAAAAGCUGGGACAACUUCUUGACAGUCGCUUUACAGAAAUUGAAACUGACAUCUCAAACUGUAAAACACCAGCACAGUGUGAAGAUGAAGGAUUUCUUUUGUUCUCUACAUCUGUGCCAGGACAGGCAGCAGAUGAUCCCCCUCCUGCUGUACGACGACGGCCUAUACCUAGCUCAAGCGACAGCGACAGCGAGAUGGACACAAGGCUGAAGGAAGCAGCUGUUUCGUUGAAAGAUCUUUUACCCUCAUCGUCACUCGUUGCCUUACCAACACCAAAAGCAAUUCCCCAUUCAGAAAAGAAAGAAUCAUCUGAGACAGAAGUGGCCAAUGUUGCUAAGAAGAAGAAAAAGAAAAAGAGGAAGCAGGCAGAAGAUACAGAGAGCAAGCAUGUGGACUGUGAAGAAUCGCCUUGCGCUAAAAACAAUGGUGACCAUGCAGCUUUAAAGCAGGAACAUCACAAAGUCAAACGGAAAAAGAAAAUGUCGAAGUGUGAUGAAUGAGAAUGGAAUGUAAAGCCCAGUGACUGGAUAAAAACACAUUGAAGAAACUGCUCCUAUGUUUACAAUCAUAUACAACGUACACAUGUAAAUUCACGCUCUUUAAUACUAUUGUUCUUGAUAUGUCACAAAAGAUGUACAAAGUAUGUACACAUUUGAAAUGAACAUACAAUUUCCCCAGAUUAUAAAAAAGUAAAUAAAAUACUUUAUAAUUUGGUGAUUUUCUGUGUGAAAAGCUAAUAUUUUCCAUCACGAAUACCUGUUCAUAUUCUACUGUUUAAAACCCUCAAACCUUUUGUUGUCCUUUCAUCAGAACUUGUUAAAUUUGAUUCAGAGGCAACAUUCCUUUCCAAAAAAGCUUCUUGGUCACAUUGGUGUUGCAGAGGCAUUGCUGGGUCGCAGCACUACUGUGCUGUAGAGACCAUUUGUGCAGGAAUGUAAGAGCUAAUGUCUGUCGGUGAAGUUGACAAGAGAUGAGACGGGUGGUUGUCUGUUGUCUGGGAGGCAGGAUAGAGCUCUGGGCUCUGGCUUGAUGCUGUUGACAAACCAUUACAUUUAUCUGGGAUGCAGUUCUAUACAGCAAAGAAUCACAAUAAUAAUGGCAGAAAGACUACACACAAUGAUUUAUGUGAUUUUAGACAGGCCUGUACAAGCCCAAGAUAACUUUUACUAAAACCAAUAAGAGCGAGCUGUAACAUGAAUGGACACUGUAGAGCUGAUUAACAUUGGAAAAAACAGACAUUGCGACUUUUGGGGUGGGGUUGCGAUAUACUGUGAUACAACACCUAGAAGACUUCACAAGAUGACUUGAAUAGCUCUGUUUGGGAAGGCUUUGGUUGACUCACUCCGACCACAUUGUAUUCAUUAGAGAUGACCUGAUCCCAUCACGUGAUCGUAAAUAGGGCUGAUCGCUCCAUUUUUCAGAGGAUUGGAAUCAGGAGAAAAGGAUUGGGUUUUUAAUUUUAAAAUAUAUUUGUUUUUUGCUUCAUGCUCGUACAGCCUCUCACCCUCCCUCCUGCUAAGCAGAGCCACCAAACAGUUUUUCUUGGUCAUCAGCGCAGCUGGUGUUUGGUACUUAAAGUUAACGAUGAUUGACAGGUUUAUAGCUUUGAUUGGGCCAGUUCGGUAGUGUUAGGUUUUGUAUUUGUUUUCUCCUAGUGUAACUUGUCCCUGUGAUUGCCCAUUGAUUUCACCUGAUGUGCCUUCUCCUAGCCCAGUACUUCUCAAAUGGUGGGGCGCGCCCCCCCAGGGG